AUGGCAAAAUCCAAAUCUUCAAGCUCUGAAGCCUCUACAAAAUCAUAUAUGUUUCUUCUUCUUCUUGGAUUUCUCUUCAUCUCCCUUGUUCUUGUGCACUCUUCCGAUCCUGGUAAACCAUCCAUGAAGACGGCCGUUUCCUCCACAAGGCGUCUCGUCCAGGAUGCUCCGAAAGCAUCUGCUACAAAUUCAAUGGAUGUUCACGUUCGUCCUAAAAAGAGGCAAAAUUCACAUACUUGGCGAGAAUUUGGAGCUGGUGCUCAUGAAGUUCCAAGUGGCCCAAACCCUAUUUCAAAUAAGGUUUCAUUUCUUGGUGAUAUUUUGGGAACUGAGGCUUUAGCAAUUUCCAAGAUGUACCUGCAUUCUCGUGGAAACGUUCUGGAAGGACGAUCCUUUGUACCUAAAACUUUUGAUGAUUCUACACCAAGGAAUCGCUAUGGCAAAACUUGCAAAUUUAACCAGUUCUCAGCACAGAAUGCUUGGAAACUUAUUGCUCCUCACUCGAGAAUUCUUAAUGUAAUUCCACAACAGAAGACUUUUAUGAGGUGUCGGUGCAUUAGUGCUCUGGUGAAUGCUGAUGCUCCAAUUACUUCUGACUGGGUUCCUGUAGUGGACCAAGUCUUGCUCUUAGUGAGUAUAACCCUGACAUACAUGGCUGGUGUAAUACCUGCUGAGAAGCUCCCUUAUAAUACUCAAACAAAAAUCUCAGAAGUUAAUGGGGUCCCUGAAAACUCUUCCUUUUCUGGUAGUGCCACAGCGAAUUAUAAUGAGGUAUAUUUGGAGUUUGCCUGGGACAUUGUGAAAGGCAAGCUUGUGGAUUCCCUAAGUUUUAUACAAAAUGGGGUAAAUGUAGGCGACAGGGUUGCUGAACUUGAAGAAGGCCAUAAGAAACAGCCUUCAAGUUUGUGUGCUGUUGCUGAGGGUCCCAGGAUGAGGUUGCUGUGGGCUACCUUUCAGUGGCUGAAGAACGAGGCAGGCACUGUCUUUCUUAUCGCAUUGGAAUUAUAUCCAAUACCUUUUGUUGCAAUUUGUUUUGUUUUGGGAUGGGAGUGGAGGUGGGGAUUGGUCGGGAAGGCAGAGGCGGAGAGUGGUAGCGGCGCUUUGAUUCACUCAUUUUACACGGCCUUCACAAAGAUAAGGUUCUUUGGAAUGGUGAAUGCUUACGACGUAAUUUUUGCAACCAAGAAACCUACGACCUGGAUUUGUAACUGUCCAAGAUGUUCUAACGAUAACUUUUCUCCGGGAAAUCCAUUCGCAGAGAUUGGAGGAGCUAACAACUUGAAUAAUACAAUCAUGAUUCAACAUUUGUACUCCAUCUCCAGUCUGGCUUCAGCUACCAAUGCUUCAGCUUGA